CUGGGUUUCGUGGGGCGAGCGCCCCUUUACAGGAAUCCGCGUUUUGUGGGGGUCGCUUGGUUGGUGCCUGAAGCAUGCACCACGCAGCAAAGCCGCUGGCUGAAACAAAAGUGCUGGAUUUCUUCCUUAAUAAACCUGAAGAAUGCGAGACCUAACGGCUCGGUUAACGAGCAGUCUGCUGCGGUUCCCAGAGGUCACUCUUCAGGCACUUGGGGAAGAUGAGAGAACCCUCGAUUCUCUGCUGUGCGGGAAGUUUUCUGGAGGGAGAAAUGGCCUAGCGUGGCUGGCGUGUGGUCCUCAACUUGAGGUCGUGAAGGCUGUGACAGGAGAGCGGCUCUCUGCAUACCGUUUCAGAGGAGUAAAUGAUCAGCCUCCCACUGUUCGUGUGGUAAAGGAGUUUUCCUGGCAGAAGAGAACUGGACUGCUGGUUGGGUUGGAAGAAGCAGAGGGAAGCAUUCUCUGUCUGUACGACCCUGGAAUAUCAAGAGUGGUUAAAGCAGUUGUUCUUCCGGGAAGGGUAACUGCUAUAGAACCCAUAACUAACCAUGGAGGAGCCAGUGUGAGCACUCAGCACCUACAUCAGAGUCUACGAUGGCUCUUUGGAGUGGCAGCAGUGGCUACAGAUGUUGGUCAUGUACUUCUGGUUGACCUCUGUUUGGAUGAUUUAUCUGGCAGUCAGAAUGAAGUAGAGCCAUCGGAUCUUGAAGUUGUCACUAGAAUUACUGCUGAAGUUCCACAAAGAAGAGAAACUGUGACCAGAGAAGAGAGACAUCUCUGUUUUCAAUUACAGCAUCCUUCAGGAACAGCAAUAUCAACCCUGUACUACAUAAGCAGAAGCAAUCAGCUGGUUGUGGGUUUUUCAGAUGGCUACCUGUCACUAUGGAACAUGAAAACUUUGAAGAGGGAGCACCACUCUCAGCUUGAAGGAGGAAGGGUUCCUGUCUAUGCUGUUACUUUCCAAGAGCCGGAGAAUGAUCCUCGCAAUUGUUGCUACCUGUGGGCUGUUCAGUCUACACAAGAAAGUGAAGGUGAUGUUGUGAGUUUACAUCUGUUGCAGUUAGCAUUUGGUGACAGAAAACGCUCGGCAUCAGGACAAGUCCUGUAUGAGGGUUUGGAAUACUGUUACGAAAGGUACAGUUUAGACCUCACAGGUGGAGUCUUUCCCUUGAGAGGGCAAGCCAGCAGUACUAAAUUACUCAGCUGUCAGACUGUAGAAAAAUUUCGCAACCAUAUUGACGAAGAGGAUAGCAUUAACGAAGUGCCGUCUCCUGACACCAGUGUAUCAAUCUUCAGUUGGCAAGUGAAUACAUAUGGUCAGGGAAAACCAUCCACUUAUUUGGGUGUAUUUGACAUUAAUCGCUGGUAUCAUGCUCAGAUGCCAGAUUCGUUAAGCCCAGAAGAACUCCUUCAUGAUUGCCCCUAUUUUGCAUUGUGGUCACUGGACACUGUAAUAAACAUGACUUCCCCAAACUUCAUUUUGGAUAUUCUGGUCCAUGAGCGGAGCUUAAGUCGAGGAGUCCCUCCUUCUUAUCCACCACCCGACCAGUUUUUUAAUCCAAGCACCUAUAAUUUUGAUGGUAUGUGCUUGCUGAACUCCGGAGUCGUUCACAUGGCUUGCACCGGCUUCCAGAAGGAGACCUUGAAUUUUUUAAAGAAAUCUGGCCCUUCAAUAAGCGAAGCCAUUCAUGACUGCUACGGGAGGUGUCUUGUAGCUGGCUUGCUGUCUCCAAGACUAGCUGAUGUCCAGCCAUCCAGUUUGAGUCCGGAGGGGCAGUUAGAAGCGGUAUUGUCAGCUGCUGUCCAGACAGGUUCUUUAGAACUUCUGACGGGAUGCAUUAAACAUUGGGCAUCUGAAGAGCAGCCAAGUUCUGCUACUAAAUUACGGUUUGUUCUUGAGUGGACGUGGAACAAAGUGAUCUCUACAAAAGAUGACUUUGACCAAAUGUGUGUUCCACUCUUUGAUGGCUCUUGCAACUUCAUUGACCCACAGACAUUACGGUCUCUUCAGCACUGUCAGUUGCUCUUGAGCAACCUUAGCGCCAUCUUAAGCUGUUUCCUAACGGAAGCACGAGAGCUUACUGAAAAAGGUUUUGCAGACUUGACAAAUAAGCGGGUGGUAACUAGCCUCAUUUCUUUGUAUGCGCAAGUGGUCAUCUGGUUCUGCCGAUCCAGUCUCCUUCCAGAGGGUUUCGAUGAUGAUAUGCAUUUGUCUAGACCUAUCUACAAUUAUCCUCUGAUUCAGAGCUACUACGCUGGUCAUCGGCAGAAACUUGAGCAUUUAUCAAGAGGAAAAUGGGAUUCUGACUGCUUGAUGAUUGAUGGCAUGGUUUCCCAGUUAGGAGAUCAAGUUGAGAAGUUGUGGCGGAGAGAUGAAGGAGGAACUGGGAAGUAUCCACCUGCUAAUUUACAUGCACUGCUGGAUCUGUAUUUGCUCGAAAGCAUUGAAGAAAGUGACAAGCAUGCAAUUACAAUUUACUUGCUGCUAGAUAUCACGCAUUCCGUUCCAAAUAAAGCAGAGAUUUCCAUCGACUCCUUCCCAACCGCCUUUACUAUCCCCUGGGGUCUUGUUAAGCUUAUUCAAGGUUUUUGGCUCCUAGAUCACAACGAUUAUGAAAAUUCGCUGGCCCUGUUUCUUCAUCCAGCUACAGUCAAAACUGUGUCGUGGCAACAUACGAGAAUCAUUCGAUCCCUUGUGUGCCAAGGAGAACACAGGCGAGCCCUCAGAUACAUACAGAUGAUGAAGCCACCAAUGUCAGGCAGUAGUGAUGUGCGGCUUUUCCUCACGGUGUUCUUGUCCAAUCGGUGUGUGAUGGAGGCUUGGGGUCUGCUGCGGCAACAUACCACUACGUUAAACAUGGAAGAGCUGUUGAAACACAUGUAUGAAAUCUGUCAGGAGAUGGGACUGAUGGAGGACUUACUGAAGCUACCUCUCUCAGAGACUGAACAGGAGUGUUUGGAGAAGUUUUUACAGACCAGUGCUGGUGUUCAGAAUCAUGAGUUUCUUUUAGUCCACCAUCUGCAGCGUGCCAGGUACAUCCCAGCACUACAGCUGAAUCAGGCAAUGAAGGCGAAUCUUACGAAUGAUUGUGAUCCUCGCUUGAGAGAGAGAGCAGCUGCCAGAAAUUCUAUAUUAGACCACUAUGGCAAGAUCCUUCCUAGAGUUCAAAGGAAGCUGGCUGCAGAGAGAGCCAAGCCAUACCAUUUGCCUUCACCGGUCUUAAGAGAAGUCACAAGACCAAAGCCAUUAUCAACAGUAACAAAGCAAGCUAAUUCAGGGAAUGUGCAUACAAGAGCAACUUUCAUCAGUCAGGUAUUGUCCAAAAUUGGAGAAGUACGGGCAGGAAAUGAGCAGAAAACCCGUUUCUCACAACAUGAUAGAGCUACAGAACUGCCAGGCCUCACACAUCCUCUCCCUGAUGCAGAGUUGCACGAUGCAUUUGUUGGGACACUAAAAUUUUCACCAAAACAUUCCAGAUUGCUGGAUUCGGUGGUUCGUCCUGUUCCUUCAUGUUCUGCAGCACAGGAUGGAGGCUGGCAGUCACCAUGGAGAGUUUCUGCUUCAUUGGUGGCAUCCAGCCCACUGAAGUCAAAUAUGCAUGGUUCCAUCUCAGGUUCCAGAGCACCAGAGCUGAAGUUACUAGAGACGCCUCUUGUGGUUAAGAGAGCUAAAGUUUUGGCCACGACUGCUUCUGGUUUUCCUGGGUUUACUCCUCAGCCUGUUCUCAGAUCCAGCCUUCGCACCACACCCUUAGCAACUCCCUCUGCAUCUCCAGGACGAUCAGUUACUCCUCCCCUACGAGCAAAGGAACCCAGAAUAUCUUCCAGGGAAGAGAACUCAAAUGCAAAAUGGACUGUUAGGGUAGCAGAAGGUGAUGAUGCACUGUCUGGAGCUUCAUCUGAGCAUCAUCAUGGAGUGGUGGAGGAUGCGUGGUCUGAAAGUAGAGAUAAACCAACUCUGUUUACUCUGCGCCAUCCGGAGGGUGAUGGUGCUGAAAUGGAAGGGUCUUCAGAAAGCACACCUGGAGAUGGUUUGGAGAAAAUGGAUGUCAGCAAAGACAACAGUAACUUCUCUGCUGGGUCAGACCAAACUACACUGGAGUACCACGAUGCAAAAUCACCUGGUGAUUUUGAAGAUGAUGUCAUCUUUAUAGCUGCUCAGCCAGCUAAUUCUUCCACUGAAGAAGCUGCUGAUUUUCAAGAAGUGGAGGAGGAAGAAGCGGUGGAAGAGAAACCUUUCCAGAUGGAACAAGCAGGUUCAUCAGAACUAGGAGAAGAAGCUGGAUUUGUGGGAGAAUCACAUGCUGAACAUCAUACCCUCCCUGAGGACAGUACGUCAGUGUUUAAAGCUGCUGAGGCAGCUACUUUUGGGACUGGAAGUGAAGAAGGUGAAACAAACCACCAGGAGUCCAGUACAUCCUCUGCAUCAGAAGAAAAAGCCAUGCCAGCUGCACCAGAUCCAGAGUUUUCUGAAUCCCUGGGGGCAGGCCGUGAAUCUGUGACAAGUAUCCUUGACCGUGAGGUCCCUACUCAUUCAGAAGAUUGCCUGGAGGGGAAGCGCGUGCAUUUACCUGAAGAACGUAACCUAGAAGCAGUGGAAGUUGAAGAAAAUCUUCCUUUUUCACAGGAAGAACAAACUGUUUCUAACAGUCUUCCUCCAACUGGGGAAAUUCAUGUUACUGAAGAGAGUGCAGCUGAGGCACAAACCUUGGAAGCAGCACCUGAAAUAUCACCGUACAGUGAUCUACAUCCAUUAGGCAAUCUUCAAUAUGGUUGUGAUAUUCUAGAGCAACAGUUCGCAUGUGAUUUGCCUGAUAAUAGAGACAGUGAAUGUGACAUGGCUGAGGGAGAUGGAGAGCUUUUUAUAUCUCAGAGUAAUUUUACUUUAGUCUUGGAAGGAGAAGAAGGUGAAGCGGAGCUGGGAGACCCUACAUUAGUAGGUGCUUCUAAGCCGGCUGGCACAACAACAGAGGAAAAACCUGUGAACAUUUUAGGAAAUACUGAAAACCAAGAACAUGUUACAAACUCAGUGUCCACUGUAACUAGUGAUCAGGAAUCUCAGAAUAUUGCAGAGUCGCUCCCAUAUGUGCCUGAACCCAUUAAGGUAGCUAUUGCUGAGAACUUACUGGAUGUAAUCAAAGACACAAGAAGUAAAGAAUUUACAUCUGAAGUUGUAGAACAAUCUAUUCAUGAAACCAUAGGUAAAAAGGUAACUACAUUCCAGAAGGCAAAAGCUCCCUUAACAACUGUGCCAGAAGGAGUGGAAGAUGAAACCAGCAUACCUCAAGUAGAGUAUGUCAUUACUCCUAGAACCCGUGCAAGGGGACAACUAAGUAGAAGUCUAAGUAUUCCACUGGCAGGUGAUCAACAACUAUUGAAGACAGACAAACCAGUUUUGUUAGGACUGCCUCCCAGGAGAAGUACCAGGAGAACGAAAGAAGCAUCUGAGUCUUCUGGCCUUCAAACAGACACAAAUGCUCAACGGGAGCAAGUGGCUGUGAUCCCUGCUACUCCUAGGAGCUGUAGGAAGCCUAAACUGGCUAAUUCAGAAAAAGUAGAAAGCAGCCAUUCUGAUGGGGAAGCACUGUCCGCCAGUACGCCAUCCACAGCCAUUACUCCCAGAAGAGGAUUAAGGAGAGCAAAGGAAGCUGCAUCUGAACUCUUGGAAGAGGCUAAUGGGGAAACUUCUCUUGCUGCAGGUAGCAUUAUUGCUUCUGCUCCUGCCAAAAGGACCAGAGGAGGGAAAAGCUCAUCAGGAGAUGAAGAAAGUGGCUGGGCUGACACCGGCCGAAAGACAAAACCAGCAGUCAGUGCCAGCAGAAGCACAAGGAAACGGAAAGACCUGAAUUCACAACUUGCUGAAAAUACUGUUGAGGAUCAAGGGGUGCAGCCUGGUGACCAAGUCCUCUUACCUGUGCCAGCUAAAAGAGGCAGAAGAAGAAAGAUGAGUUCAUUGGAAGUUUCACAAGAUUGGGACCUUGAUCGGUCUGCAUCUUCGCUUCCUCAAACAGAACUUCAACUUCCUGUCACUCCUAGAAGAAGUGCUAGGAAGGUGGCACAAAAUCUCCUGGCAGGCACAGAAUCUCUCUCUACUCAGAAAGACAUACAUUCAGGUGGGAAAGUGGAAAUCCUUGAAACUCCUAGGAGGAGAAGAGGAAGAAUUCCCCACGCUAAACCCGAGAAAACAGAUUCUCAUGAGCAAACACCUGCCCAACCAAUUGAGGAAUCAGCCACACCCAGGACUCCAGCAAGGACAGGGCGUCGGGGCAGAAAGGCACGAUCAAGAUUGGAGGAGAGCACGGGGGAGGAGGCCUUCCCCCAAGAACCUGGUGGCGGUCCUUUGGUGCUUGAAGACAUAAACCCAUCAGGACAUGAUGAAACAUCAAGAACUUUACCAGAUCGUAUUACAAGAACCGGAUCCCGCAAAACUGCCAUGCAUCAGAAACUGUCUGAGGAAAAUGAGUCCUUCCUUUUCUCUCCUCCUCUCACAAAGCUGACAAAGAGAUUUAAAGCUGGAAAAGCAGACCAACCUGUGCAGCUUAAGGAUUUAGACCCAGACUUGUCUUCUCAAAUUGUCUUUUCACCCCCACUUUCGAGAUCAAGGAGAAAAAAUGUGUCUAGCGUUUCCCAAAUUGUGAAAGAACCAGAGCUUCCAGCUAAGGAGGAAGAGGAUACCAAAUCCAUAGAGUCUGUGGGAAAGCAAAAAUUGAAGAGAGGUAGAACUGCAAAAUCAAAAAUGAAGCAAGCAAGCAAAACCACAAGAAAAGGAGGUCCUUGGUCACCUCCACCAGUGGAAAUAAAAUGCAUCUCUCCUUUUGGAAGUCCAGUGGAUGGAACAAAAAGCAAACAGAAAGAAACUGGAGACACAGCAGAGAAGACUCAACGGAAGGGCAAAAAAAGACUGUCUAAUUUUCCAAAGCCAGUUGUGUGCCGGAAGAUGCUGUAACCGUUUUUUAAGUUUAUAAUGUACACCACUGUUUGUAAAGUCAUCAAAUUUUGUGGAUUAGUAAAAAGAAAAAAAAUAAUCUAAUUUGGAAGAGCUAAUUUAUAUAAAUUAUUGUAAAAUUUCAUAAACAAAUGGUCUUCAAUAACUCCAUAUGGAGUGUGAUUUCCUCAGUCAAUGCAGUUUUCUAUUUUAUAUUAAGGCUUCAUACAUUUAUAUAAUAUGUAAAUACAGCUUAUUUUAGGAAUGUUAAAUAAAAAUGUAUACUUCACAAUAUACUUACUGUCUGAUAGCUUUUUGAGGGAAUAGUGGGUUGAAUGGCCUGUAUUGCUCAGAAAUUUUUAUGUUGGUUUGCAAGAGUUGCUGACCCUGAAAAGUGAGGCCGAAAGCUUUUUAAGCUUUUUAAAAGUUUGCUUAGAAGUCCUAUAACAAGUAAACAUGUAAAACCUACUAGUUUAAAUUUUAUAAAUGAUAUUUGACCUUCUGGCCCAAAUAAUUGGGCUCACGAUACAAACUGGUAAUUCCUUACAUUCAUGGUUAAGUUGUACUGUAUUGAAGUCAGAAUGUAAACAAUUGUAUUUUAAGCUGUGCAAUAUUUUUUUGUAUUUGUCUUAAACUUUGGCAAAGCUGCUCUUUAGUUCGUAAAACUAGAUCACACCUCAGAUGUUUCACUAUUUUUUACAAUUUGUUGUCAGCAAAAAAUUAACUGUAUAGAGGGUGUGAUGGUUACAAUAGCAUAUCAAAUUUGAAGGGGUGUUACCCACAUACUUUGAAAUUUGAGCCAAAAUUAUUUUCAUAAGGUUAAUAGGAAUGUUACUGUAAUGGAAAUAACAUCUGUAAACAUAUUUUGCAAUAUUUGAAGCCUGCAUAUCACAGCACUGAAAAUGGUAAAGCUAACAUAAUAAUCUGAAAAAGGUAAAAAAAGUACAGAAUUCUUGGUUACAAACAAUAUUUUUGAAUAAUUAUUUCAUUAAUAAUCUUGGGUUAUGGAGUAAAUGUCCCUAUAAAGCUUCAAUUUGUAAAAAUAAAUUCAAAAACCCUAUUCUUUUAAAAGCAGACAUGGAAGUACUAUUUUGAUGUGCAGUCUUUUAGCCAAUGGAUUAUUUUUAUGUAUGUUAAUUUAUAUAUGGAUGCAACUUUGCAGACUACAGAAUGGUGGAACCUGACAUUAAACUUUUCAGUUAGUAAAAACUAUUAUAGUUACUCUAAGAAAUAAUUUAUUGGUUGACUAAUACCUUGUACAUAAUGGAUGAAUGUAUUAAUGACAGACUAAGCUUGUAAAAGAAGCUGCUUCUGGGGGCCAUGAUUUUUCUAUCUUGGAACAGGCCAUUCUAGAGAAGCAGUUGCAUGCGCUUGGGUAUUUUUCUCCUUGGGAGUAUUCAUGACUGAAUGAAAGCUGAAAAAAAUGCCACAUGUUGACAGUGUGAAAGUGGCAGUUUGAGUGAGACCUUUCGGUCAGGUUAGUAAUUAUUUACUCUCGAGUAUUUUUUUACUUGAACUACAAUAUAAAUUCGGUCAAAGAGGAAGGGGGGGGGAAGUUCUAACUAUUUUUUUAAAUGCACAGUGUACAGAAAUGCAGUGAAUAGCUCAGAAAAUGGGCUAAAAGAUGAAACUCAAAACCAGAAAACAAUGGACAUCAAAUCUGAAUAGACCUUUUGUGUAGUGCACAAGAGUAUUUAUAAAAUGCUCCAAUUCCUGAUCAAAUGGAAUUGACUGAUGAAAUGCUAGUGAAGAUUGCUUAAUAGGAUUUUAAUGUUUCUGUCAUUUAUACUUACGUUAUAGUUUUUGUAUGAAAAUCAAUUAGAACAAAUGAAAACAUGAUACUAGCUAAUUCUGUUGAUAAUUUGUAGUAAUUUUUAGCCUCUAUUUUCAGCUCAGCUGAAGUAGCCUCAUUUGGCAGUGCUUUGGAGGAAAAAAAGAAAGCAAUAGUAAUAACAAGAAAACUGGCAUGAGAUUUAAUAACUUCCUUACUUUUGUAAUAGUUGUCAUUUUUUACUCUAAAGGCAUUUUAAUCCAAUUAUAUGUUAAAAUGUUUUCCUCCAUUUUUGUGCAGUUACUUAGAUUCAGUGCGUAGUUCUUGGAUGCUGUCCAGUUUCCCCAGGGAGCAGUUGAAAAAGAAUAGGAGUGUAAGCAUAAUGUGUAACAAGGAAUGGGAUUUCAGAAGGUUGAAGGACAUAGAAGGAAAUGGCAGCAAAAACAGGCACUGGGAAUUUUCAUUUAGAGCCUGAGAAAAGGAAAAGAAGCCAGCUAACAGCAUCAAGAUGGCAACUCAAGGAUGGGAGUGGAGAAAACAGAUUUUACUUGAGGGUUUUUUGUGUAGGCUUGCUACAAAUACGUGAAGGAUAAAGUAGAAAAGAUCAUUUCAACGAGGAUAAGCGAGAUCCAGUGCCUGAGCAGUGCUUCUUAACAGUGAGGAUUAAUGGGGAAGGAGACUGCCUUUUAAAAAUUAAAGUGGCUCAGGGGUGAGUGGCUGAGCAGGCCAGGAGUCUUCAGAGAGAAUUGCAGGUGUUCACACAUGUAUCUGAUAGGAAGAUGGUUUUCAUGGUACCAGAGAAGGGCAUGAGGGGCCUGUGUAAGAAAAAGGGGUGAUGCAUCAUGGUGGUGGAUGCGUGCAGAAAGCUCUAGGGGCAUAGAGCAGCAAUUCUCUUGAGAGCAAGAGGAGAAUUUCACGGGAGCUACUCUGUGCAGUUCAUCACUAAACACAGCAAUUCUGAAGUUUUUCUACAGCAGAUUUAAUUGCUUGAGGGUUGGUUGGUUGUUUUUCUCCCCCUAAAGAAGAGCUGGGAUUUCUCAAGAGUGUUUUGAUAACAUCUGCUUUGAUCUAAUAUCGGGCUGAAGCUAAGUUGUACAUCUGUACCUUUGGGGCCGUAACCCCAGGGAAGAUUGCACUGGAAGGUUGACUGCCUUGGGGUAGUAAACUCUCAGCUUUCAGAAAGAAUAAAAGUAGGUGUAAUAGCAGAUUUUAUUUCCAGGAAAGACAUAGUAGGGGAUAUUAGUGAAGGGAGAAUAAAUAUUAAUAAGACUAAGGGCUGUUGUUAGAAUUUGUCAAAAAAAUAAAUGUUUCAGUAGAAAUAGUUCCCUGAGUUACCUCAGAGAGUUAACACAAAUAUUCAUAAGACUUUAUCUCUUCAAAGGUUUAGAAGCCAAGGCUGAUGAAAGCAUUAAGUCCAGGUUAUAACGUGAAGGGACGUUAAAGCAAAUGCAUUUCACUUUUGAUAGCCACUUGGUGUUUUAAGUAUUAACGGAUUCACAAUGACUGCGUUUAUUUGCCUUAAUAUCUGUACAUGCCUAGUGUGCAAAUAAGGCCACAGAUAACGAAAUAGUUCAAUCCCCCGUCAAGGACUUCCUCUCAUGGACAACUACUCUCAGGGUUGUCAGCGCAAUAAAUUUAUCUGCUGCAAUUUCAUCAGUUCCCAUGUAACUAAUCAUAAAUAGCUUAGCUGUUCAGUUCUGGUGGAGAGAAAAGCAAGCUCAGGCAGAAUCCAUAGUUUCUGGUGAGUUAAGCAAUGCUUGUAACCUAUUAGUCUAGGCCAAUCUGAAAAGACUAUGAAAUAAUGGAAUUUCAAGGAAUAAGAUUGCAUUUGUUUCUUAAUUAUUUGUACUUUUAUGUUCUGUGCAAAACUUCCAGGUUUCCAUU